CGUGCACGUGCCGAUAAGGUGCCUAUCAAUUCACUCGUCCAAAAUCUAGAACUUUUUCUGCCUCAUCUAACAACAACCAAAAUGGCAGUACAAAGAGUAUCGCGAGCUGUCGAGAAGAAGGGGAGGUCGAAAAAGAGAAAGUCGAGAACGGAGGUCUCAUCCUCGGAGUCGUCCUCGGAGUCGUCCUCAGACUCGUCUAGCGAAAGCGAAGUAGAACAGAAGAAGAUCAGGAAAAGCCCAUCCAGCGAAGAGGAGUCCGACCAAUCAACACCAGAGCCAGCCUCAGCACUCGCCAAGACAUCGAAAAAGCAGAAGUCCAAAGCCACCACAUCAAUAGAAGAUGUCUCAAUGCGCCGACCUUCCACUCCUCCCGCACCCAUCCAAGCACCAGCUGCUGCCAUUAUGCAGAGUAAAGUAGAUGAAGAUUUUGACGCCAUCUACAUCCGCAAGAUCACCACGGAGCUGGCGGACGAUCUGGACAAAGUGCGCUCAGCCCAGGACUUCAAGGCGAACAGUAUCCCUAUGCUUAUCCAUGCGCUGAAGCAAGGGGAGAGUCUGUUCACUGCCGAAGAGAAGAGGAGGGCUAUUGGGGCGGCAAAAGCAUGAGUCUAGAUGGAUGCAUGGGGAGGGACGAGCUGCAUAGACGGAGUUUGGAGUUUGUCUGACAUUGUUUGAUUGAUAAUGCUGUGAAUAUGAGAAUUCAAAGGAGGCACCUCUCAAGACCGUGGACCUCGUGCUAAUAGGCUUCUACGUCCAACCCUGACCGCCACUCCAGUUCAAUCUGCCAUGCAAGAUGGUACGGGUGCUUGAUGACCACCAUAUCGUGCGCUAGCUUCAGAACCUUCUGCCUCUUUUCCUCC